GACAUUCAGACCGAUUUGCGCUACGCUGUGGAUGGUGUGUGGAUUUUUUCCCGUUUUUCCUAUAUGGGGAGCCUAGAUUUGUGCGCUGGUUGAAAGUUAGUUGAAAAAUUUUCUGGCUACCUUUUGGGCAAGAAAUCGGAUCUUAAGGUGCCCAAAAAGGGAGUGUUGGUUUUUGGUAGUCUCUAAUUGGAUUAGUGCCCAUUUAGGUAACCUAGCCUUUGUGCGAAAUUGGAUGAUUUAUUCGGAUUGUUUCUCGGAUGGAUUACGGGAAGCGCGAGUCAAGGAAAAUUUUUCACCGUUCUGCGGAUAAAUUGGCAAGGCGCGCGUGUUUGGUGAGCCAGAGUGCUUGUGCGGUGUGACGGGUGUGAUGGCGGGUUGAAUCCUGUCCCGUUUUCUGGAUCAUUUUUUGUGCUCCCGUACUCGAGCGAAAAUCAAUCGGUGUGAACGAAUAAACGUAAGGAUACCACCAUUCCAGAGUUCGGUGGAGAUGCAGUUUUGGCCUUGAAGUGUGACCUGAUCCAGGAGAGUGUUCCCGUGUGUUUGGCACGAGGAUUUGCAAAGUGUGUGCAAGUGCGUGAAGCGGAAAUUUAUUACCUGAAGACACGCUUUUGCUAUACUUUUUACUCUUCUACGAGAUUGGGAAUACAUACUAUUUCCUGUGUAUGUGGCGAACGCCUGGAGUGGAUAAAUUGCAAUUGAUUGGACGCAGAAGAAAAAUGUAAAAUCUACCGAUAAGUCUUUCAGUUGAGUGAUAACUGAGAAGCCAUUCGGUUCAAAUUCCGUCCCAAGAAAGCAACUUAAGUGGUCCAGAAUUUUUCAUUCACCAGGAAAUAGCAGGAAUAUAGCAUUGCAGUUACGUGUCUGAAUGCGCUAUCAGAGGGAGUAACAUUUCGGAGAGUUGCCAUUUAUUCAGCGCCACGUUAGAAAGCAAUAAAAAUGUUCCAGGCAAAACACAGGCGUAAGAAAUUGACUGCAAAAGUGGGACUCCAGUGAAAGUGUACUCGACUGCAGACAGAACUCGGAUAUUCCUCGGCAUAAUUUGAGUCUUACUCAUCAACGAGACACCACGAAAGGCAACAAAAAAAAAAGUACAACCAUUUGGUCAUUAAAUUUUCUUCCCCAACAAGAAAAGGGUAGUAAAAAUCCUUCCCUCUUCUGCCCCCCCAUUCCCGAUCAUAUCGUGCAUCUCGCCUAGACUCGAAAAAUCAUCCCCCCUAGAUGAGUGUGGUUGUGCUCAAAUUCGGUGUAAAAUUUUCGGAUACGACACGCGCGUUUCGUCACAAGAAGCAGUUUUUGGGCGGCAGUGUUUGUGUGCAUUCUCGCGCCCCUAUCGAUUGCAUCUGUAUUGGUGCAGUCUCUUGGCAAAACGAUUCACUCAUUCAUCCCCCCACGCCCCCGUCUGUUAGUGCGGCUCCAGAGAGUUUGUGUGGAAAAAUGCUUUCCGGUGAGCAGUGAGAAGACCAUUCACCAUUCAUUUACACAAGUGAACGAGUUUCGGUGAAAAAAGAUGUCAGUGCAAUCCGUUUUCACCCUUUCGUCUCCCGAUUUUGGCGUAAUUUAUAUUUAAAUCGAAUAUUUUAUUGGAAAGAUAUACACCCCCGGUGGUGUCCUUUUUGCGAGAAACUCAACGAAGAAAAAAAACAAAAGAAUAAACGUCGCAAAUCGCUUCUGACCUACACAAUGUCGUAAAAAGGAUCUUAAAACAAAAAAAAAAACGAGUGCAACUUUAUUUCUAUGCAAAAGCACGCUGGGAAAAUUGUAAUAUCAAGAGUGAGUCCGCCAGCGGAGUGAAAAAAAAACCUGAUUGCUGGAAUAUAAUAUGUGUACCCAUCGGCCCUCGUAAAAAGCCAAAGAAAGAAUCCCCAAAAGAUAAAUAAAUCAUAAAAAACAAGCAGCUAAGUACUCCUGCUGCAACCCUCCGCUUUCCAAAAAAGCUUGGAGUGUUGUGGGUAUUGGGUGUUCUGGUGUACUUCUAGUUUAGGGAGUUUUUUCUUCAACGGGGUGGUGAUAAUGAUGAUUCCGGCGAUGGAUUUCUCGUCUUCACCGUCGUCGACGACGACGGUCUUCAGAAGCAACCGGCGGCGACGUACUAGGCGUCGGCUGCUGACCGGGAUGAUGGUGUUUGUGUUUUUAGUCGCGAUCGAACUGGCCGCCGGCGAUCAGGACGAGGACAUUCCCCAUAACGAGGUCCGAAAUUGGGCUAUCCGUUUCGGGGUGGAUCUGUGGGAGUUCGGUCGACAAUUCACCAAAGUCAACGACAUUCGGAAUAAAUACAAAGACUACGAUGUGGACGUUAAUCGCAAGGACGGCAUCCUGCUUCUGCGAGAGCUGGCGGCGGAGGUGAAGAAUUUUAUGGAUUUUAAAAUGAACGCCGUUAUGCGAAUAAUGGAUUCCGCAGAGCAGGCAGCAUUAUCGGAAUCGGAUCCGGAGGCCGGUGCCUCGAAGGGCUACGAAGGCGGAUACUACGAUGCUCGCAAAAUCAACGAAUAUAAAUCCAACGGGCAGCUAGCGGAUGGAUCUCGGCAGAUGUUGCUGAGGCAUAUGCGCCGAUUCGAAAGCUAUCCCGUCAAUAUCAGCCUCAGUUCGGUGCUUACACCGAAUGGUGUUAGUUUAGAUGAUCCGGAAACACAGGCAGCCCUCAAAUGGUCAUCACAUUUGGACCCACUUUUUGCGAACAACAUUGAACGCGAUUCCGCUUUAUCGUGGCAGUACUUUGGAUCCAGUACCGGGUUCCUCAGGCGCUUCCCCGGAACGGCUUGGCCUCCGGAAACGUCCUUCGGUAGUCGAGAAAUAAGCGAUUUCAGAACAGAGGAUUGGUUCAUCCAGGCCGCUUCCUCACCGAAGGAUGUGAUUAUACUGCUGGACUCAUCUGGAUCCAUGAGCGGGAAGGAGUAUCAACUGGCUAUCGCCACGGCCUCAGCAAUUAUGGAUACCCUAGGAGAUGAUGAUUUCUUCAAUUUGAUAUCGUUUUCGGAUCAGGCCCGAGUAAUUGUGCCCUGCUUUCAGGAUAAAAUGGUUCGAGCCACUCCGGACAACGUGAAAGAAGUUAAGACAGCUAUCCAAUCGGUUGAGUGCGAAAAUACGGCAAACUUCUCGGCUGCUCUUGAGACGGCCUUUGAGUUGCUGCGAAGAUACAACCAAAGCUCGCAGGGAAGCCAAUGCAACCAGGCCAUAAUGCUGAUAACGGACGGGCCGAGUGAUACCUUCUCGGACAUCAUCAAACACUACAACCAUCCGCAUAUGCCGGUGCGAAUUUUCACCUAUCUUAUUGGAACCGACAAAAGCAGUGGAAAGAACCUGUACCAGAUGGCCUGUGAUAAUAAAGGCUUCUACGUGCAAAUCAACAGUGUCGAGGAAGCUCGCCGUAAGGUCGUCGAAUACGCUUUGGUGAUGGCACGACCAAUGGUUUUGUAUCAGGCUGAGCAUCCUGUUCAUUGGAGUCCAGUAUUCACCGGAGGUCGAACCAGCAUUCUUGGAAGGGAAAGUGAAAACAAACGCAAGUUAGUGACAACGGUAUCGACACCUGUGUUUGAUCGGCGAAAUCACUCGACCAGGGCUGCCAAUUUGCUGGGCGUAGUGGGGACGGAUGUUCCGAUCGAAGAGAUCCAGAAGAUGAUUCCGCAGCAUAAGCUGGGCGUCAAUGGGUAUUCGUUUAUUGUCGAUAACAAUGGGAGGGUUCUGUACCAUCCAGAUCUACGGCCUAUGAGUGAUAAUGGACAGUACAGUUCCUCAUUGAAGCACAAGUACAACUCGGUAGAUUUGACCGAAGUGGAGCUACCCGAGGUCGAUAACCCGAACAGUGUGCUCGGGGAACGGCACGAGCAUCGGUUUACGAAUGUGCUUCAAGAGCUACGGAACGAGAUGGUUAUGCAAAAAGAGGGUGAAAAUGAGUUGACGGUCUUGGUCCACAUGGAAGACAUGAAGAGGGUCACAUUGCGAUCUCAGAAGUAUUUCUAUGGACCAAUAGAAGGUACACCCUUCUCACUUGGCAUUGCUUUGCCUGAUAACUACGGCAUCCAUGAGCUUAAUGCUCAACAAGAGAUUCGGCAUUCCCAUACCAAUGUGACCGAGCACUUCCAGGGCAACAACUGGAAGGUCCAUCCGGACUGGGUGUACUGCGAGUACAACAGUCUCAAGGAUGUGGAAGCCAACGGCGAGAGUACGAUGGAAACCACCUACCGGGACAAGGACGAAAGCUUCGACACUCCGGAGGAGCAAGUCCUACACUUCUUGGCCCGCGUCGGCCGGCCCGGCUGGAAGUGGAUGUCGGUUCGCCCGCGAUCGCCGCAACCACAUCAUGGCCACGGUGGUAUUCCGGUGGGACAUUAUGCCCAGCACCAUCUCAACUCGCAGGGUUCCCGCAAAGCUGAACCAUACUAUUGCGAUCGUACUCUCGUCCAGAGCUUGGUCCGGGAUGCCAUCGUUACGGAUGGGUUGGAACGUGCCCCGACCCAUCCAGCGCGGAAGGAAGACAGAAGCCCAAUCGCCACACUGAUGGCUUUACUGCACAGACAAGGAUUUUCGAUGUUCGAAGUCAAAACCACAUUUGUGGCCACCCGAUCCGGUUUGCUUCGGUGGUUCGAUCAUUUACCCCACUCCGACUCCGUGCCGGAUCCGCACUUCAGUGAAUCCAAUGCCCGAGCAAUGGACAUGAGUUGGUACAAACGGGCUGUUGAUCAUCAUUCCAUAGAACCGGAUGGUUUCGUCUUCAGCGUUCCGUUCGACUCUGGAUAUUCUGGUAGGAAUAGCUCAACUUUGGUGACAGCUACUCAUGCUUUGUUCAUAGAUCAUCGUGGUCACAAAGCUCCAGCUGCAGUUGUCGGUCUUCAGUUCCAACAUGAGUCACUAGCGAAGCAUUUCAUCAAUAUCACUUCAGCUUGUACCGGAUCCACAUCUUGCAAGAAAACUUGUGCCUCGGACGAGCUGGAUUGCUACCUUUUGGACGACAACGGCUUCGUAAUACUUUCGGAACGUAACGAGCAUACGGGUAAAUUCUUCGGUCAAAUCGAUGGCACCAUCAUGGACUCACUGGUUCAAGAUAGAAUCUACCGGCGGAUAGCACUGAUGGACUACCAGGGUACCUGUUCCGAUAAAGAUAACCCUUACACGGCUGCCGGAGAACCGCUGAAACCAAUACGACCCAUGUCCUGGCUGUUGAAGUACAUUGCAACUUUUGCAACCUAUUGGUUAUCGAUACUUCCAACUCCAGUGGCAAGUUGGCAGCAGAGCAACAGCUAUUAUGAUACCGAAAAUGACUUCGAAGAUGAUACCUAUGACUAUGAAAACAACUAUGAAAUGCCUCCGGAGCACAACUCCAACGAUGUCACGACACAAGACUACGAAACACAUUCGACGCCACCACCCCAUCGGUCACAGCCCGCGGGCGGUCCUCGUGUGGUUCCGGACCCGGCUCAUGCUAGGUCCUGCGAUUUGAAAACAGAUCUCUACAUCCUGCAGCCAGAACGACUGAACUCUAGUGGGCAGAAUAAUCCCCUGAAGGGUAAACUGACCAAUUGUCACUCGUCUGGGUGCGAGCGACCCUUCAGUGUGCAGAAGAUACCGCACAGCAAUCUCAUUCUGCUGGUGGUAGAUGUGCUGUGCCCGUGCGGUUCUAAACAGCUAGAUAUCGAGCCGCAGGAGGUGCACGGUGGUGCAGGAGCCUGCGGAGUGCGGCGGAUGGCCAAGGAAAAGAUGCUCCGGAAGCGGCCGAGUCGCUGCAUCAGCUACCACCCGGAGGAGAUCGAAAUCAAGCAGUGCGGCAAAGCGAACGGUCUGGUGCAGGCCUCGAUCUACGCCACGAUAGCGUCCCUGGCGCUUAUCUGGGUGCUGACCAGUGCGUGAUAAAGUGAUCUAGAUCUCCGCCUCUCAUCAGUCUCUGUGUAAUUACAACAACUACUAGUCACUGUACUUCUUUCCUCAGUGUGGACGCGACGAAAUUCCUGCGGUGCUGCGGCAGUGUUGCGAGUUUGACGGUUUGACAUGAGAAAGAAGUACAAUUACGACGAGCGUCUUAUGGAAGGGGUAUUUUUUACAUAGACGCAACAUUUUAGACACCGUAAGUCGUAGCAAAAUAAUCGUAAUUUUAGGUUCUGGAAAAAUAUUCGGUUCUCAAAGUUCCUUCCGAGGGAUGCCAGUUAUGUUUGAGGAAGAAUUCGUGGAGUACUACCAUAUAAUAACAAACCAAAAAAAAGAUGUUAUAGAUGUAUACAUUUGAAGUAAAACAGGACUUAGGAAAUCCGACUAAAACGACAAUGAAACUUUGAAACUAACAAACCGAAUCGAUGCCACCAGUGUUUGCUUUUUCGACCCGUUCGGAUGUUUCCGAACAUCGGAGGAAAAAAAAUAAUCAAAUGAUCUUUAAACUUUUGGUUUAGAACCAAUUUGGCCAAGUCGAUUUAUUGCGGUGCGUAACACCAGCAAAUAUUAAUAAAAUUAGUAAAAAUUAAACUACAGACAAUACGAUGUUGAGGAAGCGGUCUCAUAGCGACUAAAACGGAAUCAAAUUUGGCUUGUAAGAAACCAAACUAAAAAAAAUUGAAGACACUACUAAAUAAAAACCCAACAACACAAUUCACAAGAAAAAAAAUCAAC